CCUCCUCCCCUGGUCCCCCGCCUCCCCCUGGCCCCCGCCUCCCCCUGGCCCCCCGCCUCCCCCUGGCCCCCUUCCUCCCCCCGACAUGGACUUUAGGCUAUCCAGAGGCCUCCAGCGCAGCGGCUCUAAGAUGCGUAACUUCAACUGGGAUGCGAUCCCCAAACACGUGGUGGUGGGCAAACACAACAUCUGGACGGAAGAGAAGACCCUGGGAGAGUAUGAGCUGGACACUCAGAGGAUUGAGGAGCUGUUCAGUCACAGCCGACAACAGGGACAGGUACAGAAGGCUCUGAACAGACAGAGUCUCAGAGGCAAGCCAACCAACGGUCAGGGCACAGAAGUGGUAUCUAUACUGAACUCCAAGAGAAGCAUGAACGUUGGGAUCUUCCUGAAACAGUUCAAGAGGCCAGUGGGAGACAUGAUCAACGACAUCAGUUCAGGAAACGGCCUGAAAUUUGGGACAGGUAAACUAAAGGAGCUGUGUAAGCUGCUGCCAGAGAAAGAAGAGGUGAAGCAGCUAGUUGGGUUCAAAGGGGACCAGUCAGCUCUUCCUGAAGCAGACCUGUUUAUGAUGUUACUUAUCAAGGUUCCCAGUUAUGAGGAGCGCCUCAACAGUUUGGUUCUCAAAGAAGAGUUUUUCCCAUUCAUGGAUGAAAUGAAACGAUCCAUUGCCACCAUGAUCACAGCUGGAAAAGAGCUGUUAGAGUGUGACGACCUACACUCUGUGAUCCGCCUGGUGCUGAAGACUGGAAACUACAUGAACGCUGGUGGCUAUGCUGGCAGUGCCAUUGGCUUCAGGAUGGCAUCGCUACUGAAACUAGUGGACACAAGGGCCAACAAACCAGGCAUGAACCUCAUGCACUAUGUAGUCAUGCAAGCUCAGAAGGUUGAUGUGGCCAUGCUGAAAUUCCCAGACAAACUCACACACAUCGCCGAUGCUGCAAGGAUCCAUAAAGAGGACAUAGAGAGUGAGUUUCAGAGAGAGGUGAAGAAAGUAAAGGAGGCGAAGGAGGAGGUGCAGAAACAGGAGGAGCUACGGGCUCAGAUGGAGAACUUUCUCAAGGAAGCAGAGUGUCGUCUGGCUGAGACUGAGCUCUCUCUGCAGUCGCUGGGUUCAGUCAGUGACUCAGUGGCUGAGUACUUCUGUGAAGACCCCAGCAAGUUCAGACUGGAGGAAUGCUGCUCCACCUUCAGCUCUUUCUGUGCAAAGUUCCUGAGGGCCAUCCAGGAGAACUGUGAUCGUGAGGUGGCGGAGGUGAAGAGGAGAACCAGAGACAGACUGCUGAGUGAUGCUGCUAAACGCCGUUCCACCGCCACCUGCUCCAUACGGGACAAGGAUAUGGAGGGUGUGGCCCUGGAGUCCGUACUACAGAAGUUCCUGACCAGUCAUGGGUCCCAAAGGAGAAAAGGCAAGGGCACAACUUCCUGCACCAGUAGCAGCCUAUCAAAGGUCCCCAUUCAAGUAAACCUCCCCUUGGCAGAACAGGGAAACCAAGGUUCUGUUAAGGCCACAGAGGUGUGUAAGGAGAAUGAGUGGAACUCUGCCAGAGACCUGACUGGGACCUCUCAGAGUGACCAGAAUGACCAGUCCCACAGCAAAAAUAACUGGAAAGAGAACAUGGUUCCAAAUCCAGAGGAGACACAGCAAAACCCGAAGAAACCAGAGCAGAACCACAGAGGUUCUAGUUCUGGUUCUACACAGCCAACCAGGAGAACCGGUAGCAGCAGCUCCUCCUCUUGCUCCUCCACAGGUAGACCCAUCUCAGUGAUGAUGAAGGACAAGGAGGAAGAGGAGGAGGAGGGAAAUGAGGAAGAAGCCCAGAUGUUGCGCGAAGUGUCCAAGAAGGUUCUGAGGUAUCAGAGCAGCCGUGGUAGUCUUUCGUCUGGGGAGUACGGCCUGGAGCAGCAGAAGUCUCCUAAUGCCACCAAUAAUACUAACACCUCCACAAGAUCACCCAACGCUACGACCACGAAUGCUACAUCCUCCACCAUCUCCACCAUCACCUCCACCUCCCCUCACCAGAGGACCUUCCAAGAGGACAGACAGCGGCUGCUGGGAGAUGCAUGUAGAGGCAGCGAGAGUCUGGCUAGAUACCUCCUCAACCCUCACCUCUCCCCCAAGGGAAUACUCACCCGCAGACACACCUUCACCCUCCUCCCUAAAGCCCCUCCUACUGAGGAAGAGGAAGAGGAUGAUCUGUUCAUUUUUCCUGCUACUCCUACUCUGGGGGUCAUAGGGAGGAUGAAGUCAGUAGACACUGGUCUGAUGUCCCCGAAACACAAAGCCUCUGGAGGACCUAACCUCAACAAACUCCCUGGCCACUCUGAGAAGUCUUGUGUCCGAGACCUGGUGUCUAAGAGUCCCUUGUCAAAACACAACGUCUUGACAACAAGUCUCAACAUCCCCAGGGACUCUGAAAACAGAGGCUUGGUGGUACCCACCACCCCUCGCCACUGUGAGACAUCUGGUGUCCAGCAGGACACGGUGUCCAACAGCUUGUCAGCAGCAGAGAGACCUACACAUGUAGAGCUAAGAGAGCUGAAUCAAGACAAGAGCUCCUCUGUAGUCAAGACAAAACCUCCCCCCUUACACCUAGAACUCAACCACAACCAGGAUGAGGAGAUAAAGGAGUUUUCUCCCACCCCUCUCCAGACACUCGUCUCCCAGAAACCCAAGCAGGCUGACCCUCCUCAGAGCCCCAAACACAAUAUGGAUAACCCUUCUAAGAACCCGAAGCCCAAACCUUCAGAGACCAAUGGAUUCAUGUCUUUCUUUAAACGCCUGAGAGAGAAGAGCAGGCCAAUGUGAGGAAUCUGGUGUCCAAGACCAGGUGUCCAAGAGUGUUAGCAGAGAGACCUACACACAUAGAGCUGAACCAGGAGAAAUGGACAAAGGAGUCUGUCCUGGACAAGCCCUGAGCCCAAACCAGAUGGCUAUGGAUUCAUGUCUUUCUUUGAACAACUGGGAAAGAAGAACAACAAGCCUUGCAAACAACAAGGAUAUAGACUCUAGAGGUGCUCUAGACUCGUGAUUCAUCUAUUUAUUCAGAUUCAGACUACUCAGCCAGAUGUUACAUUGCCCUAUGGACUAUUGAAUAUAUUUAUAUCCAUCCAUUGAUUUUUAUAAAGGCUUAAUUCAAGGGAACUGUUGAAGUGGAUUUUUAGUGGUAAAUAAUGAUCUGUUGAGACUUGGAGAAUGUGUCCAAAAGACAAAUGUAACUUUAUUCCACUAGGUGGCAGAGUGAGACAACAACGCCACAUGUAGUGUGCCGUAGGCCACCAACAAAUCACUGUUUAUUCAUUCUACCACCUCAUAUUCCCCCACAGAAGAGCAUGACACUUACUGUAAUAUGUUUACCAAUGUCUUUAAUAAUAGUGAUAUAUUUACAUCAGUAUUCUUCUGACUAAAUAAAACCACUGUUGAGUA